CUUAUCACCGGAUUGUGAAUGAACCUUUAUCGUUGUCCUAUCGAUUGACUUUUUAUCAGCAGAACCAAGGCGUACAGCAUUUAGGUUGUCAUAACAACGGCGUCGAAGUUUAAAAUGGAGAUCGAACCAAAAUACACUUUCCUAUCUUUACCGCAAAAUAAUUACUUCGGAUUAAAUGACAAGGCGACGCAGGAAUUACUUACAAAAUGGGGACUAAAUGAAAAUUUCCAUAUUCAAAAUUUUUCAUUCAACGAACCAUUCCAGCCUUAUCACAAAUAUAAUUUAACAGAGUCAUUCUUUAAAGAUCAAGCUGUUGCUGGUGUAUUAAAAACCAAAUCUAAAGGAUGUUGGGCCGCGCACGGAACCGUAGCAUCAACCGUGGAAACGAGACAAAUACCAUGCUCAGUACUUACAAUGUCUUUUUUUGAAAAACUGAAGGAUCCAAACAAUAAAGUUGUUCACAAUUCCGGAACCAUAUGCAAGAGAUAUGAUUUAGACAUCGAUGGUUUUUUAGUUUCGGAUAAUCUCAGGGGUAUGCUAAUAGAUGAGGACUGCGAGCAAUACAAUUUGUACUCUAAAAACGAGCGAGAGGAAUUUAUUUUUCGAAUUCUGCAAUUGUUAGUACUGGGUGGCUCUCUUUGUCAAUAUGAAGACACGAUAGAACCCUAUCUGAAAGUUACAAAAAAUCUUUAUAAGGAUCUGAUCAGAGUUCAAAAGCAAAAGGAUUCCAACGAGUUGUCUGUUUCUACAAUGGUUUUGGAAGUCGUAGCUAAAGACGCUAAUGGUCGUGCAUAUUUUCCUUGCGACCAAUCAAGUAUGCAAAACAUUGGAUUUCUAUUAGUAGAUAGAAAUUUUCGUCAAAUAACUACCGUACUACAUCAAUAUUCAUGAUAAUAAUUCUAUGGAAUAACAAUGUUUGAA